GCUAACAUGAUUACGUCAUCAGUUAUAAUAUUGAGGCUUACUGAAUGCAAAUCGAGAUGAAUUCGUUUGCAUAUAUUGUGAAUGAAUGUAGGAAUGUAGGGGUUAGGCUAUGAUAUAUGCCCUCAAAGGCCAAGGCUUUGAAGACCCGUCUCUCUGAGAUAUGAAAAAUGAAUUUAUAAUAAAUAUAUAUAACAAACACUUUAUUCAGUUACUACAUGUCCACUCCUGUAUUUGUAUUUUAAACAAAUUGGUUCGGAAGGGCUGGCACAAGGACCCAGAGAGCAUGCAACGGGAUGGUACCGCCCCAUUCUCUCUCAGAGUUUUGAUGUAAGUCACUUACGCUAUUCGCAGGGCAACGUCCUGAAAAGGAAUCUUAUCUAGGAUAAUAUCCACUCAUUAAAAGGAAAAUUGGACACGCCUGAGAUGGACACCACUGAUGCCAGCUCGAUGGAGCACUUUGUGACGGAGCUGAACGUCCUGCUGAAGCUGCUGGACCACGAGAGUGUGAGCUCAGCCACUGCGGAGAAGAUGACUGUGGUCAGGAACCUGCUGAAGCAGCUGCAGCCCCCGGGGAAUGGAACGGACUUUAUAUACAUGAACACCUCCUUGUAUGGAAAUGGUACCAGUUUUGUUGAAUCCUUGUUUGAGGAGUUUGACUGUGACCUGCAGGAUUUGAGAGAAUCUCCCGAGGAAUUAAAGGAUCAAGCGGAAGAUACCUCCUCCAAGGACCCCCCCUCCAAAUCUAGUCCAACAGACACCCCACCUCCGCUCCCAACCACCCCUAUCCCUGAAGACUACUAUGAGGAGGCGGUACCCCUGGAUCCUGGAAAGUCUCCCCAGUACAUCACCACUCAAAGAAACUCCAGCCCACCAAAUUCCAUUGAGGAUAUAUAUUACGAGGAUGCUGACGACAACUACCCAACCACUCACAUGAACGGCCCGCGCAAGAACUCCUAUAAUGAUUCAGAUGCACUGAGCAGCUCCUAUGAGUCCUAUGAUGAGGAGGAUGAGGAGGCCAAGGGGCGGGCGCGGCAGUGGCCGUCGGAGGAGAGCCCGGUGGGUCCAGUGAAGGACUGCCACAUCGCAGACUUCCUGCUGCGGAAAAAGCGCUUUGGCCAGUGGACAAAGCAGUUGAGCGUCAUCCGUGACAAUAGACUGCAGUGUUUCAAAAGCCCCAAAGAUUGCACCCCACAGUUCGACCUGCCUCUGAAUCUGUGUCAGGUCAUUUAUGUCCCGAAAGAUGGACGCCGCAAAAAACACGAGCUUCGCUUUUCACUACCAGGGGCUGAGGCCCUUAUCCUAGCAGUCCAGAACAAGGAGCAGGCUGAGAGGUGGCUCAAGGUGAUCCAGGAAGUGAGCAGUAAAGCCAUUAGCACUGAUACUCUUGAGGGCUCCCCGUCUCCCAUGAUCCAAAGGAAAAUGGAUAUAGAGAAAAUGCUUUUAGCAGACAAACAUACCUCAGACUCUGACAGUAUAGCGAAUGGAGACGGCACAUUAUCCUCCAGCCAUGGUCGGGACAGCUCUGAGCAGGCAGGGAAGGCAAAGAAGGGCGCUCUCUCAGAGCUGACCGGCUCCAUGAGCAGAGCUGCUGGCAAGAAAAUCAACCGCAUCAUCAGUUUCUCCAAGAAGAAGCCCCCUCUGCCAGGAGAGCCCCACGCAUCCUCCCUCUCCGACCCACGCUGUGGAAAUUUAAAUGUGCUGCUGAACCAGACCUGGAGGGAGCGCUGGUGCGGUGUGAGGGCCGGAACCCUGUUCCUCUACAAGGACCGAGGGGACCUGCACACCCACGUCAGCUCGCUCGCCCUCCAGGGGGCCGACAUCGUUCCUGGGCUGGGCCCCAAACACCCUUUCGCCUUCCGCAUUCUCAAAGGAGGAACUGAAGUAGCCGCCUUAGAGGCAAGCUGCUCUGAAGAGCUGGGACGCUGGCUGGGUCUGCUGUUGGCAGAGACAGGAGGUGCUGUCACCCCAGAGGCUUUGCACUAUGACUACGUGGACGUGGAAACCAUUAGCAACAUCCAGGAUGCUGCUCGACAUUCUUUCCUAUGGGCAACUUCCUCCAGCAGUGCUUCUUCUGACUCAAGAACCUAUGAUGAGGUGCCAUACGAGAGUGUGCUACUGCAGGAGGAGGCCAAACCCAGACUGGGCUCCCAGGUUAAACGUCACUCCUCCUUCUCCAGCAACGACGCUCCCAGGACGGAUUCCCAGGUCACGGUCAAACGUCACGGAUCUGCUGCGAACCAGUAUGCGAAGUACGGGAAAACCAGAGCGGAGGAGGACGCAAGGCGAUACCUGAAUGAAAAGGAGGAGCUUGAGAAACGGAAAGACUUGAUCAGAAAAGCACUGGUCUCACUGCGCAAAGAGAAGAGGGACAUCAAAGAGGAACUGAAAACUGCAACAGCUAAGCAUCAGAAAGUCCUUGAGCAGCGUUUGGCCCAGCUGGAGGAAAGCUGUAGGGGGAAGGAGAGUGAGAGAGUGGACUUGGAGCUGCGAUUAACAGUGGUAAAGGAGAACCUGAAGAAAUCUCUGGCUGGGGGCAUCCUAGGAGGAUCUACUGAGGGCAAGCCCAGUUGUAAGGCCCAGAAAAACAAUGUGGAGAAUAUGUCCAGUGAAUCAUCUGUACCAGUGAAUAGCGCAUCUGAGAUGAGAAAGCGUCCUCCCUCGAUCUACAAAUCAAGUCGAGGAAAUGUUAUGCAAAAAGCAAAAGAGUGGGAGUCCAAGAAAGGAACUUCAUAACAACUGAUCCUGUGAUACGGAGACGCUGGACUGGAGGACAUGGAUGGCUGUCAUGUGAUUAUGUCUGUGUGCUGGGGAAAUUAUGACUGUGUGUGUAUGUGUGUGUGUGUGUGUGUGUGUGUGUGUGUGUG